UUUUUGUGGAGGACGCUGGACCCCUGAGUGUCAUCCUGGCUCAGGUCGGUAGUAUCCGCCCCACCCGGGGUGGGAGGACGAUGAAUGAAAGUAACCACCAUCAGCAACCACAACGGGCAAGUAUGGGCAGAGGACGCCGUGGAGCAAAGCAAGUGAAGGAAAACAAUGAAGCAUAUGAAAUACCCAUACCUUUAGACGAGCCACACCAGAUGGAGUCUCAGACGCAAACUCAUCAACAGUUAUAUUAUGGCCUGAGCCCCCCACAGAAUUUUGAUGAAGCUCCAGAGAUGCCACCUCCUUCAUUGACCCUGGUAACCAGUAUGAGGACACAGCUGCACAUGGCUGUGGAGAGGAAUUCCUGGUUGCAGAAGCGAAUCGAAGACCUGGAAGAGGAGCGGGAUUUCCUGCGCUGCCAGCUGGACAAAUUCAUCUCCUCCGCCCGCCUGGAUGCUGACGAUCACUGCCGCAGCAAGCAGCCCCCGCGGCGGUCCGAGAUGUCUGAGAGCCGGAAUGGGGAUGUGACAGACGACGACAGCAUGGGCUCCUGGCUCAGUGGCAGCCCUGAGGAAGGGGGCUCUGCGGAGCAUAAGAAACAGAAAGGCGGGGCAAACCGGCGGCGCUUCGUCAAACCUAAAGUCCGUGAGAGGCAGAGGGUCAAAGAUGUGGACGGGGUGCUGUGCCGCUACAAGAAGAUCCUGUACACGUUUCAGAAGCUGCAGAGCAUGAGCCGGGCCUUUGAGCACCACCGGGUGGACCGGAACACCGUGGCCCUGACCACGCCCAUCGCCGAGCUCCUGAUUGUGGCUCCCGAAAAGCUGGCCGAGGUGGGCGAGUUCGACCCAUCCAAGGAGCGGCUGCUGGAGUACUCCCGCCGAUGCUUCAUGGCGCUGGACGAUGAGACGCUCAAGAAGGUCCAGGCCCUCAAGAAGAGCAAACUUCUUCUGCCCAUCACUUAUCGCUUCAAGCGGAAAACGGACUCUCCUGGCCCGGCUGCCGGCACCCCUUUGCCCUCCCCUGCCACACCGCCCAAGCCGCUUCUGCCCAUUGCGGAUUGCUACAAGCGGUAAUUUCCCCCCUCCCUCCUUUGGCGAAGCCCAGUUUGCCGGCCCGGUCCAC